AUGUCUGCAAACUGCGAAAUUACCAUCACUGGACCACAGGAGGCCCAAACCAAGAGCAGCCUGAUUGUGGUAUCCAAUCGAUUGCCGUUCGUGCUCAAGCGAGACGCCAAGACGGGCAAACUCAGUCGUCAUGCUAGUGCCGGCGGAUUAGUCACAGCGGUUGCGCCGGUCGUGAUCAAGGGCAAGGGACUGUGGGUCGGGUGGUCCGGCAUUACGCUAACCGAUGAGAAUGAACCCAUCCCGGAGUCGGACCCGACCGAUCACACACCAACGGCCGGGCUACUCUCCGAGCAGGUCGUAUCGGUGAACGUGGAGCCGAAGCUGUUCGAUAGCUACUACAACGGAUGCUGCAAUGGGACGUUUUGGCCGCUGUUCCACUCGAUGCCGGGCCGGGCAACGUUCUGUGCCGAUCACUGGCGAUCGUACUACGAGGUGAACAAAGAGUUCGCUGCCCGCACGAUCGAAGCACUUGAGAAGGCGGUCAACAACAACACACACCCUGGGGUGCCACUGAUCUGGAUCCAUGACUACCAUCUUAUGCUGGCGGCCAACUGGAUCCGCGAAGCUGCCGACGAACGGAACCUCCCGUACCAGAUGGCAUUCUUCCUGCACAUUCCCUUCCCGCCGUGGGACAUCUUCCGGCUGUAUCCAUGGUCGGAUGAGAUUCUGCAGGGUAUGUUGGCCUGUGACAUGAUUGGCUUCCACAUCCGCGACUACUGUCUCAACUUCGUCGACUGCUGUCAGCGUAACCUCGGUUGCCGCGUUGAUCGGAAGAACUUGCUGGUGGAGCACGGUGGCCGUUCGGUCCGUGUACGUCCCCUGCCGAUCGGAAUACCCUUCGAUCGGUUUGUGGAGUUGGCACACUCUGCGCGUAAGGUGAUCAACACCAAUCAAAAGAUCAUUCUCGGUGUGGAUCGGCUGGACUACACGAAGGGUUUGGUCAAUCGGCUGAAGGCGUUCGAGGUGCUGCUGGAGAAGCAUCCGGAACAUCGGGAAAACGUUAGUCUGCUACAGAUAUCCGUCCCGUCCCGUACGGACGUUAGAGAGUACCAGGAGCUAAAGGAGGAGAUGGACCAGCUGGUGGGACGGAUAAAUGGGCGCUUCACGACGGCAAACUGGUCGCCGAUUCGCUACAUCUACGGGUGUGUCGGACAGGAGGAACUGGCCGCCUUCUAUCGUGAAGCAUCCGUAUGUUUAGUCACACCACUGCGCGAUGGUAUGAAUCUGGUAGCGAAGGAAUUCGUCGCCUGUCAGAUCAAUGAACCUCCCGGUGUACUGAUCGUGUCUCCGUUUGCUGGUGCCGGCGAAACUAUGCACGAGGCGCUGUUGUGCAAUCCGUACGAGCUGGAUGCGGCAGCCGAGGUGAUACAUCGUGCCCUUACUAUGCCGGAAGAUGAACGGACCCUGCGGAUGUCACGAAUGCGGCGCCGUGAAAUGCAACACGACGUGAACAGCUGGAUGAGACAGUUCCUGAAGGCAAUGGGCUCGCUGGAAGAGGAUGAUAUCGGUACCACCACGAUGCAACCGGUCACUGUGGAUGAUUUUGAUGACUAUCUGCUAAACUACAUCGGAUACAACCAUAAGCUCGCGCUGCUGCUCGACUACGACGGUACACUUGCCCCGAUUGCUCCUCAUCCUGAUCUGGCCACCCUGCCACCAGAGACCAAAAACGUCCUACAACGGUUGUCUAACCAUUCGGAUGUGUAUAUCGCCAUCAUCUCGGGACGAAACGUAGAGAACGUGAAACAGAUGGUCGGAAUCGAAGGCAUCACGUACGCCGGUAACCAUGGGCUGGAAAUUCUACACCCAGACGGUAGUAAAUUCGUUCAUCCCAUGCCCAUCGAGUACGAGGAUAAAGUCAGUGGACUUUUGAAAUCGCUGCAAGACUCGGUUUGUGGUGAUGGUGCAUGGGUUGAGAACAAGGGACCGCUCCUGACGUAUCACUAUCGUGAAACGCCAGCCGAGCUACGUCCCGCCAUGGUGGAAAAGGCACGGCAACUAAUCAUCCAGUUUGGAUUCCGUGCGGCGGAAGCACACUGUGCGAUCGAGGCAAAGCCACCGGUACAGUGGAACAAGGGCCGCGCCUCGAUUUACAUCCUGCGAACGGCAUUCGGUGUCGAUUGGAGUGAGCGGAUCAAGAUCAUCUACGCCGGUGACGAUAUGACGGAUGAGGACGCCAUGAUGGCUCUCAAAGGUAUGGCAGCAACAUUCCGUGUGACGAAUUCGCAGAUCAUCAAAACCUCCGCCGAAAGACGUCUGCCCUCGACGGACUCCGUGCUGACCAUGCUGAAGUGGGUCGAACGACACUUUAUGCGCCGCAAGCCACGUGCAAACAGUCUCACGUACCGGGGUAAGAAGAAGGAUAGCGUCAAGAUGCAGAUGGCUUUCGAUCUGGUACCGAACACGAGUGCUGCCAACAGUGCCGCCAGCAGCUCCGACGAGCGUGAUUAA